AUGAAUACCCUAAAACCCGGUCACAUCGCAACCGAAAGAUAGUGGGAGCCGACAAAGUUUUUUAAACCAUCUGAUCAACAACACGGUUUCAGCGGUGCAUUGUGUUUUUGUUGUGCGGUUCUCGAGUUUGAGCACCAACUCAUGGGACAGACGACAAGGCAUCACUGACAUUCAGCCACAUAUAAUUCCCCCCAGUAGUAACAUUCCUCUAGCUCUGUAAAGAUGGCAAGCAGCGUUCCUCUGACCCAGGCCAUUGGUGGCUACAUUUUUGGCAUUCUGCAGACCUUCAUUCGCUUCAUUUUUCGGCUGAUCUAUGGACCCAAGGGUGAGAGAGUUCCUCCAAUCACAGAUCCCAUUCUGCUGGAGUCCGCCUCUUCGCUGGCCACGAAGAUUCGCAGCCAGGAGUUGAGCAGCGUCCAGGUGCUAGAAUCCUUCAUAAGACGCGUUAAGGAGGUUAAUCCCAUAUUGAACUGCGUGGUGGAUGAACGCUAUGACCAAGCUCUCAAGGAGGCAGCAGAGGCAGAUGCCUUGAUCAAAUCGGGAAAGUACAGCGCUGAGGAGUUAGCCGAGCUGAAACCAUUCCUGGGAGUACCCAUCACCACCAAGGAUUGCAUUUCCGUCAAGGGUAUGCUGCACACGGCCGGACUGUACGAACGACGCGAUGUACGCGGUGACAAGGAUGCCGUGGCCAUGGCCCUGAUGCGCAAGGCCGGAGCCAUUCCCUUCGCCCUCACCAACGUUUCGGAAGUUUGCAUGUGGUGGGAAAGCAAUAACACCGUGCAUGGACGCACGAGGAACGCCUAUGAUACGAAUCGCAUUGUGGGCGGCUCUAGCGGCGGCGAGGGCUGCAUCCAGUCGGCGGCUGCAUCUCCCUUUGGUCUUGGCUCAGAUAUUGGCGGUUCCAUUCGCAUGCCGGCGUUCUUUAACGGAAUCUUUGGGCACAAGCCCAGCAAGCUGGUAGUGUCCAAUAAGGGUCAGUUCCCGGCACCAUUCAGUGACGAACAGAAUACCUUUCUCGGCUUGGGACCCAUGUCGCGCUUCGCUGAGGAUCUGCGCCCCAUGUUGAAAAUUAUGGCGGGUGACAAAGCGCCCUUACUGAAUCUGGACAAGGAUGUUGACCUCACCAAGCUGAAGUUCUUCUAUCAGGAGUCGGAUGGCGGCGGCCGCCUGAUCUCUGCCGUGGACCCUGACUUGCAGCAGGCCAUGAAGCGGGUGGCCCAGCAUCUGAGCGAGAAGUUCGGCAGCCAAAAGGUGGAACGCAUCCAGCUGCCCCAGUUCCGUCAGUCGGCGGCUAUUUGGUUUGCAAACAUGCGGGACGACAGCGGCCAUGGAUUCGCGUACCAGCUGGGCAACCUGGAGCGCGACAUCAACACGUACCUGGAGCUGUUCAAGUGGCUAUUUGGCGCGUCCAAGCACACGUUCAUCGGCCUGUCUACGGCAAUUAUGGAUAGUGCCCAGUGCAAACACGGAUCCCCCAAGUACGAUCACCUGGUGCGCAAGAGGAACGAUCUUCGGGCGGAGCUCCAACGACUGCUGGGUGACAACGGAGUGCUCAUCUAUCCCACGCAUCCCACAGUGGCGCCGUAUCACAACGAGCCCAUCACACGUCCUAUUAACUUUGCUUACACCGGCAUUGUCAACGUGCUGGGAUUUCCGGCUACCGCUGUGCCGCUGGGCAAACUGGGCAGCGAAGGUCUGCCUUUGGGAGUCCAGGUAAUCGCUAACUUUAACGAGGAUCGGUUGUGCUUGGCCGUGGCCGAGGAGCUGGAACGAGCCUUUGGUGGCUGGGCCAGACCCUAGGUUAGGCCAGACUCAAGCAUAUGUAGCGUAGCUAGCUGUUAGAUAGUGGUCAGGGAAUCUCCUCCACUCCCCUUCAAAAACCCACCCACCCAAAACGUCCGCCAGGCGGCGGAUGACCAGCGAUAAAAGGUAUUCCUUGUAUGUACUCCAGUGCCUCGUUGUAAUAUCAAUUUUCGAUGUGGAUUUAUCUAUUUUGUAUGUGUUUUUAAUCGUAAACUAAUCAAAGAUCCAAGCGGAUCCCUUUCCGUUGUGCAUUU